CUUGUCAGCAUCAGGCAGAUGGCACAGAGCAGCCAAGCACAUUGGAGCAAAGCUAGAGUUUAUAUGACCUCACGGUACCUCUGUGAAGACUCCUCUGCAGACCCCCAUCGCACAGCAGGGGCCAUUGCUGCCCUGAUUGAAGUUUACAUAGAUUCAGAAUUCAUAGUGAGCAGCUAUUGUAUCUGAUGCGCAGUGUAUUUUGAGCCCAUACAGGACCUUGAAUACAGCAUUAUAUAACAUGUGGAAAGCUGACACACAAUAUUACUUGAACCUAAGAUUUACAGCAUUUAAAUCUACUCACAAACAAUAGACUGGUUCUACAAGGCAGUCACUGGAAUCAGCCACUACUGUAUUAUUCUGAACCUGUAUUGCUCACACAUUAAUUACUGGAGUUUGCUAAUUAGCUGGUCUCAUCAACAAAGCAACUCAGAUCAUAUAAUAUUGUAGCUGUCUUUGUGUUCGCUACACCUGGCUCCAUAUAUUAAGACAUCACAGGAGAAGCUUCAUCUCAGCUAGAUCGUAACUGUCCGCAGUCACUCAACUUGUUCUGAGCCACUACAGGUGGUCCCUAAGCAGGUGCAAGGAUCUCUGCAUUGUGCCAAUAUCUGCACCAACUUAUCAACAACAAAAAAAGCUCCCAUAAAAAGUCUUUAUCUACCCAUGGAGUCACUGAAGAUUUGGGAUCAACUUCAAGCUGGCAGCUCAGAAGUGGACUGGUGUGAGGACAACUACAAGAUUGUGCCCACCAUCGCUGAGUUUUACAACACGAUCAGCAACAUCUUGUUUUUUGUGUUACCACCCAUAUGCAUGUGCCUGUUCCGUCAGUACGCAACCUGCUUCAACAGUGGGAUAUAUUUAAUAUGGACGCUGCUUGUUGUUGUCGGAAUUGGCUCAGUUUACUUCCAUGCAACGCUCAGUUUUCUUGGGCAGAUGUUGGAUGAGUUGGCUAUUUUGUGGGUGUUGAUGUCUGCAUUAGCCAUGUGGUUUCCCAAAAGACAUUUGCCUAGGGUCUUCCGGAAUGAUAGAUGGAGAUUUAAAGCAGUUGUUGCAGUGCUCUCUGGAAUUACCACAAUUAUGGCCUUCAUCAAACCUGCAAUCAACAAUAUCUCAUUAAUGACACUGGGGAUACCAUGCACAUUAUUACUCAUUAUUGAGCUGAAAAGGUGUGACAACAUGCGAGUUUACAAACUUGGAUUGCUUUCUGGAUUUUGGUGGACAUUAGCAUUAGUGUGUUGGAUCAGUGACAAAGCCUUUUGUGAGAUAUGGUCAUAUUUCAACUUCCCUUACCUCCACUGUGUCUGGCAUAUUCUCAUCUGUCUUGCAGCUUAUCUCGGCUGUGUCUGCUUCGCUUACUUUGAUGCUGCAUCUGAAAUCCCUGAACAGGGCCCCGUCAUUAAGUUCUGGCCUAGUGAGAAAUGGGCAUUUAUUGGAGUUCCGUAUGUUACCCUGCUCUGUGCACACAAAAAAUCGCCCAUCAAAAUCACAUGAAUCUAUAGAGCUUAAAAACCAAUCGUAUUUAUUUAUGGAUGCACAUGAUUUUUGGCUUGCUGUUAUCUUAGAAACUUCUGGAAUGUGCAGAAAUAGGACUGAGGUAUUGAUUUCCUAUAUCUUUAAAUCUCACUACCUGGAAUUAGUUGUAUUAUUGCACACAAACAAAACCUAUGUGGCUUUUUUUACUUACUGCCAAACUAAUUUAUUCAGGGGAAAUAAUGAAAUCUCACUAAGUUCCUGUACUUAUAACUAAACAAUUCUUCUAAUGAGACAUAAUUAUACAGCCUCUAUUUAUUGAAGAUGUUUUUAUAUCCAUUUGUAUAUUUUGUACGACUGAAGAGUGUUCUUCGAGUAACUUAUUCUAGUAUUUACACAGAUCUAUAUAGUGUGAUUUUAUCUUUAUAUAGGGUUUGCGUGGUGUGUGGACAAUUUUAUGACACGGUCAAGUCUUUGCAUCUAAAAUACUCAGAUAUGUAUUUUUGAAUGGAUGCCUCUUCUGGACUUUUUUUUUAAAUAAGGCACUGUAUGAAUUUGACCCAUACGCUUAUUUUAAUGAGAACAUGCAGAAAGACUUAAGUUUGGAAGUAAAAUCAAGCUUUUUCCAUGCUACAUUUGUGAAACAAAUUUGUGAUGCAACCACAGAACUGAUAUUGUAAUGGCAAUGCAAUUGUAUUGCGCUUCAGUGUUGCAGAAUUGAGACUGAACAGAAUCGGGGCAAUGUGUGAAGCGGAUUUGUACAAUAAAGACAAGGCAUGAUGAGUCUAACACAAAAUGGCAUUUCAGAAAUAAAGGUGAACUUACUUUCUAUGAGGUCACAUGCUCGACUCUAAGAACUAUUUAGUGAGCUAAUUUUGCACAUGGUCUAUAAUGUACACUCAGGGGUUUACAUAUUGUUUGGAACACAACUUGCAAAAUACUAUAUGCUUUGAUAUCUGCUAAGUGUUUAUGAAUAUAAAUUGUGCAGGCUUUCUUUACCAUUGUUACCAGUGGUCUAAAGAGAAAUUAUAGAUGUCAUGCAAUAGCCAGUGUUAUCUUUAAAGGAGAUUAAUGAGCUAAAUGACUAUUACGCAGAGCACCCCCCCCCCUCACACACACACACACAAAGCCUGACCACCUACUGCAGAGUUAGGACUUAUUGACUAGAACUGCAUGACAAAUUAAAGCCUAUGCCAGCCAAAUAUAAAUUGCAUGUUUUUUAUAAUAAUUAUUAUUAACGAAAAUUCUUAGUUACCUUAAGUGUUACACAGAUUGUUCCAAAAUGGUUCUGGCAUGGAGCACUUGAACAAUUAUAGGGGUAAAAUUAGUGCCAGAAUGUACCGAAACAGUUAACAGAAAACUUUUUCUGAGGACUCUUAAAUGUAGAUCAGAAUCAGAAACAAAUUCAUGACUUCUCUGCAUAGCUUAACAUCUUCCCAAAAUACCUAAUCAUGCAAAAUGGAAACCAGUGUUUCAUAGGAUAACAUUUUGAGCAGGGGCGUAUUAUGGCCUAGGCCAACAAGGCUGGUGCCUAGGGCAGCAGAUUUGGGAUGGACAGCACGUGCCCUAUCCUCUCUCUAAAAGCCAGCACACAGUGCAGUGAGCGAUAAAGUGCAGGUUUUACAGAGAAGACAAGGCACGUGCGCUGAUUACGGUCACUCUUCACAGGCAGUGCUCCUUUAAACCGUUGCUUUAUUUAGAGCCGCAAGCAUUUUUGCAGUGGAAGCGUUCUUGGUAAGAAACUUGACCGGGGAUAUGCUUACAAGGUGAGGCUGGAGGAAAAGACCUUGUGCUGAUAUGCUACCUCCCUUUAUCAGCUGGGGUGGGUCUGCGAGCGCAGUGCUUAUUGCAGGUCUUAGUAACUAACAGACUAGAUGCAGCUGUGCACUGCUUAGAUCAGCUUGUGAUGUCUAAUCAUAAACUCUCAGCACUAGUGUAAAGUGUAUUUCUCUCUCUCUCUCUCUCUGUGUCUCUCUCUCUCUCUCUCUCUCUCUCUCUCUCUCUGUGUGUGUCUCUCUCUGUCUCUGUCUCUCUCCUUUCCUUUUUGCCCUCUGCUUCUUUUCUUUCCCUUCUCUCAAGGAGAAAAUGGUAUGAGAUGCAUGUCGUUUAACCCACCUGUAUGCAAGUGUUUUGCUAGUCCAUUUUCUUUUGAAUUGAUAUGAAGUAACAAACAAAACAAAAACAUUUUACACACGGACCCCAAAAAAAUAUUUAGUGGAGAAAAGGCCUAAAUCCUUUAAGGAAGGGGGGGGGGGAGCAGGAUUUUGAGUGCCUCGGGCAGCACAAAACAUAAAUACGCCACUGGUUUUGGGAGUAUAGUGAUAUCUCAAAGUGUCAAAUUUAUUAAUGGUAUAAAAUAUUACAUUGGUUCAUGAAAAGAAAACUCAGUGUUUGUUACUUUUUUAGAUUUAUAUGAAAUAUCAUGAAAAAAGUGUUUUAAAUUAAACUUGUAUUUUUCCUGCUGGUGGAAUGUUUUUAAUUCAUGCUGUGUGUAUGCUAUUUUAUAUUUAUGUGUUUGUAAAGUUUUGACAUACUGUAUGUAAAACAAAUCUUGGAAUUAAAAUUUGUUAAAAAAAUGUGA